AUGCAUUUACGACGGCGUAGAAAACCCUUCAACAUUCCUGUCCACUGGCACAAGCAUCACGACGAAUACAUCACAGUUGUGGAAGGUAGGAUAACCGCCACACUGGACGGUAAGGAUAUGAUCGUGAAGGCCGGUGAUCCGCCUCUGAUAAUCCCUCGUCUGCAUCAUCUCCACGGCUUCCACGGCUUCCCGGGCGAGUCUUGUGUUUUCGAGGAGAGGAAUCUGCCACCCGGUGAUUGGAAAGUCCUCAAAGUCUUUGACCAACUGUUGGUCUUGAUUUUCGGAGUUAUAGCGAAACUAUUCUGUGACCCGGCGCCUAAGUCGUUCGACAAGGCCCAGUGAACCAGUUGAGCUUUACCUCUUCUUUCCACAAGAGGAAACUUGAGAACUGGCUUGUUUGUUCCUCGUAAUACCAGCAUGCACUAUAAAGAAGCUUGUAUUAAUCGUGGGAGUACCUCAACUGUGUGGGUAAAGAAAAGAGAGGGGGUGGGGGAGACAUUAAGGGGAAAUACAUGAUCAGGUCACUAAUGUGAAUAUUUCGAGGUCAGAAACAUAUAAGCUGGUGCAGAUGAGGCAAUGCCGUCUGCACUAAUG